CUCAGUCCAGGGAGGGGGGAAGAUAAGAAGGCUCCCUCAGCAUCCGUCUUCGUCUUAUCCGCGGAGGAAAAACUUUGGACAGACACCAUGCUCCCAAUGGCCGUCCACCCCGCCACCACGCCGGCCCUCGCCCAGCGCGCCCGCCUGCCAGCACCCAGACCUUCCACCUCCCUCGCCGCCGCCUCCUCCAGCUGCAUCCGGGGCGUCAGCUUCAAUAGCAGGAGGCUGCCGCUUCGCUCGCUCCGCAGCGUCGCCGCCGCAGCCGACGCCGUCGAGGCAGAGGAGUCGCUCGGCGGGGAGGGAGAAGAGGCGCCACAAGGAGGGGAUGGAGAUGCGUUAGCCGAGGAGGGAGGGGCGGAGCAGUAUAAGGUGACAGUGCCGGAAAGGCAGGAUCCGAUGCUGGUACUGAAGUUCAUCUGGAUGGAGAAGAACAUCGGCAUAGCACUUGACCAGUUGGUUCCCGGCUAUGGUAGCAUCCCGUUAAGCCCGUACUACUUUUGGCCACGGAAGGACGCGUGGGAGGAGCUGAGAGCAAAGCUGGAGGAGAAAGAGUGGAUCUCACAGAAGCAGAUGAUCAUCCUUCUCAACCAGGCCACUGACAUCAUCAACCUCUGGCAGCAGGGCGGCGGCAGCCUGUCGACAUGAGAGACUCUCCCUGUUCUUCCAGCCUUGCGAGCUUCAUUGUUGUUUAUUUUUCUUGUUUUGUUAUAUGGCUCUCCGCUGUUAUUGUUAAAGCCACAUGGUACAUGGCCCUGUAGAUCGAUUCAAUCUGUUAUCAGAUAUGGUUUUGUUGAUGGAAAUGAAUCAUGAUUAAUCCUCA